CUGAGUUCCCGCAGGCCUGCGUCUGUAUCGGCCGGUAGACUCCAACUCCGAGCGGGCCAGAACUUUUUCGAACCUCGAAUUCCAUAUCACACACACCAUAGCCAUGAGAACGCGGAGGAACCGUGCCAUGGCCGCCGCGGAGCCUCCCCCAUAUCCCGGGAGACAGCUGCUCAUCCUCGCGCUUUGUCGGAUAUGCGAGCCAAUUGCAUUCAUGUCCAUCUUCCCAUACAUCUAUCACAUGGUUAAAGACUUCAACUUGACCGAUGAUGAGAGCCAGAUCUCUUUUUACGCCGGAAUGGUGACGUCAGCUUUUACCUUUGCCGAGUUCUCGACUAGCGUCUUCUGGGGAAGACUUAGUGAUAAGAUCGGACGGAAACCCGUGCUACUCAUGGGAAUGGCUGGGACGGGCAUGAGCGUGCUCGCCUUUGGCUUCGCCCCGAAUCUGCAGGUCGCCCUGUUUGCUCGUGCACUGGGAGGAUUCUUGAACGGCAACAUCGGGGUACUGCAGACGACGGUUGGAGAACUGAUUACUGUCAAGGAACAUCAACCUCGGGCGUAUUCGGUAAUGCCGUUGGUCUGGUGUGUAGGUUCGAUUGUUGGUCCCAUGAUCGGAGGUGCACUUGCGAAGCCAGUCGACACUCUACCUUCGGUCUUCGCGCCGGGCAGCAUUUGGGACCGCUUCCCAUACCUGCUGCCUAACCUGUUCAGCGCCAUCUGCGUCUCGGUCGGCGUCGUCAUUGGCCUCCUAUUUUUGGAGGAGACGCAUGCGGAGAAGAAGAAGGGCCGCGAUCGUGGAGUGGAGUUUGGGAACUAUCUCCUCACCUACCUGCCGGGGAGAAGCGCGAAGUCCAAGGGCAAGUUGCCAGCCAAGAAUUCUGAGGAGCAACCUCUCUUGUUCGAGACGGAGGAGUCAUUGCCUGGAUAUCUCACCAACGGGGACUCGGUUUCCGAACAGGAACCGGUCGGCUUUGAGGAGGCAUGCGGCGGCCCGGCACCGAAACAGGACGGCAGGCCUGCGGCGAGAAUAUUUACCAGGCCGGUAAUUACCAUCAUCGCCUCGUAUGGCAUCCUCGCAUUCCACACCAUGGUGUUCGACUCCCUGCUUCCGGUAUUCCUCAGCACGAACCCGCCCGAUCACAAGAUGCCGACUUCCCUUCCGUUCAAGUUCGCCGACGGCUUCGGCAUGGAUACCCGGACGAUUGGCGUCAUCCUGUCGGUACAAGGCAUUUACUCGAUGGCGUCGACUCACUUCCUCUUCCCGCUCAUUACCCACAGGUUGGGCCCACUCCGACUCUUCAAGCUCAUGUCCAUCCUCUACCCGCUUUUGUACUUUUUCACGCCGUACAUCGUCCUCCUCCCGGAGAACCUCCGCAUGGCUAGCGUCUACUUCAUCGUGGUGUGGAAGUGCACGUUUUCGACACUGGCGUACCCGAGCAACGCCAUCCUCAUUACCAACUCGGCACCGACUACGCUGACCCUAGGCACGAUCAACGGAGCGGCCGCCUCGACGGCCAGUUUGUGCCGCGCGCUGGGGCCCAUCAUCUCGGGGCUCUUGUAUUCCAUGGGGUGGGAAAACGGGUACUCCGGGCUGUCCUGGUGGGUUACCGGCUUGAUAACAAUUGGCGGCGCCUAUGUGGGUCUGAAGAUCACGGAACCCCGGGGGAGGAUGGACGAGAAGCUCGACAUCGAGGCGGCCCCCGCGCCUCAGGGGGUCUGGGAUGCGGCGGGGACGAGCGGCAGGCAGGCGCAGGAGAGCUGAACUCGGUGCGUGGGCUUUUUUCACGCCAACGAAUUUUCUUCGGACGACGGAAUCGACAUGGCCACAGAUGCCCUCGAGGGCUAUCCCGCGCCGCCCAACCCUUAGAUGGGCGGCUGUUGCCGACGGCGUUUUGCAUGCGGGUUUUUACGAGCGACUACAUUUCUCUGGUCA